GGGACAUGCGCGCGCAGCAUCUUCCUGCGCGGCUCCUGCUUGUUCUUCUUCUCGGUCUGUGUUGUUAGCGGCUUCUGCUUCCACACGUGUGAUCACUCCUAUGUGAAUCCCUCUCUCCGGGACCCGUUUACAAGCUCAUCCCGCAGCCAGAAUAGGUGUAAAGCCAUAAGAAACCGACUAACCAUGGGGGCUUAUCUGUCGCAACCGAACACAACCAAGAACUCUUGCGAUGGCGGCAACAGCUACAUGAGCUACGGCUUCUCUGCCAUGCAGGGCUGGCGAGUCUCCAUGGAGGAUGCUCACAACUGUAUCCUAGAGUUUGAUGAGGAGACGGCCAUGUUUUCUGUGUAUGAUGGACAUGGAGGUGAAGAGGUGGCCCUGUACUGUUCAAAGUACCUUCCUGACAUCAUCAAGGAGCAGAAGACCUAUAAAGACGGCAAACUGCAAAAGGCACUAGAGGAUGCCUUCCUGGCCAUCGACAGCAGAAUGACCACAGAGGAAGUCAUCAAGGAGCUAGUCCAGAUCGCUGGACGGCCCACAGAGGAGCCGCCUGCUGAAAAGGUGGCAGAGGAAGACGAUUUGGACACUGAGGAGGCAGCUUUGCUCCACGAGGAGGCCACAAUGACCAUUGAGGAGCUGCUCGUACGCUAUGGCCAGAACCGCAAUGCUUUGAAGAAUGCAGCUGCUAUCAGCGCUGCAGCUAAGAAGGCAGCCUGCCCGCAUCCCGGGGCCUCUGGAGAGAAAGGGGAAGGCCAGGAGAAGGAGGGGCUGAAUGGAGAGGUGGAGGAAGAGCGCAACGGGAAGGUGAAGGAGGGCGAAGGAGCAACAUGUGGGUCUAAGCUGCGAGCCUGUCGGAGAACAGGAGGAGGUGAAAGUAGUAAUGCAGCAGCAGAUUGUGGUGAGUCGGGAAGCUCCAAUGGAGAAGAAAGGGCUGGUAAGGCAGAAGGAGAUGCAGGUCCCUCCUGCUCUUCUUUGUCCUCCAACGCUGCAGGAGACUCCAAGUCCAGGUUCUUUGAUGACAGCGAGGAGUCUGAGGAGGGAGAAGAGGAAGAGGGCAGCGACGAAGAGGAUGGCAGCGAGGAGGAAGAGGGCGACAGCAGUGAGAUGGAAGAAGAGGAGGACACAGAGGAGGGAGAGGAAGACUCUGAGGAUGAGGAAGAGGAGGAAAUGUGUCUACCUGGAAUGGAUGGCAAGGAGGAGCCUGGCUCGGACAGCGGCACCACAGCUGUUGUGGCUCUGAUCCGAGGAAAGCAGCUGAUCGUGGCCAACGCUGGAGACUCUCGCUGCGUGGUAUCUGAGCGUGGCAAAGCUGUCGAUAUGUCGUACGACCACAAGCCAGAGGACGAGGUGGAACUAGCUCGCAUUAAGAACGCCGGAGGAAAGGUGACCAUGGACGGACGGGUCAACGGUGGACUGAACCUCUCCAGAGCUAUUGGCGACCACUUCUACAAGAGGAACAAGGUUCUGCCCCCCGAGGAGCAGAUGAUUUCUGCGAUGCCGGACGUCAAAGUUCUGACGCUCAACGAAGACCACGACUUUAUGGUCAUAGCCUGCGAUGGCAUCUGGAAUGUGUUAAGCAGUCAGGAGGUGGUGGACUUCAUCAGUGAGAGGAUCAAACCAGACCAGAGUGGCAAAGUCAGACCCCUCUCAUCCAUAGUGGAAGAGCUGCUGGAACACUGUUUGGCCCCCGACACAUCCGGAGACGGCACAGGAUGCGACAACAUGACCUGCAUCAUCAUCACCUUCCGGGCACACCCCUCGCCCGCUCACAGCCAGUCAGAUGACACAAAGAAGAGGAAGCACCAGGAGGAGGCAGGAGAGGCCGAGCCGGAGAAGAACGGAAACGACAGCAAAAAGGCUAAAAGUGACUAAAGAGAAAGAGAAACUGUCCCGCAGGGAGCAGCUGGUCCCAGGCUUACCCCAGAUACACCAGAGACACAUUCUGUUCAAAAUUAAAUCCUUACCUCACAAACAUCAAGUUCACCCUAAAACAGAAUUUACAAACACUGUACAUACGCUCAAAGACCAGCUCAACUAAGAUCCAUCAGGAUAGGUUUUUUUUGUCCUCUUGUUUUAGGUGGAUUCUCACUCUAACAGCCCCCCCCCCUCAGUUGUUUCUUUGGUUUGGUCUCGUUCAAAAGAAGCUGGACACAUUUUUAUUUCUUAAAUUCAGAAGAGGCAGACUCACAGGCAUGCUGCGUAGCUCAUCAUUUUCCAAGUAUUUGUAGCUAGAAGGAAGAUGCAGGAGGAACUAAUCAACAGAGAUCGGUGUGUAUUUCUAAACACGUUUUAGAAAUGCACUUCAGUCUUAUGUUAAUGUCAAGCUGUUCUGUUUUAGUGGAAGUUGUAGCGACCGGUGUCUGAUUGCUGUUCACAUUUUACAGCCUGACACAUUUUCAUUGCAGUUUUGCGUUAUAAAAUGUUUCGUUUCCAACAUGAAGCUGCACAAUGCUCUCUGGGUGUCCAAAUUACAAGCCAGUCAUUGUAUCUCAACCAAGUGCCAUUAAACAAAAAAAAACCCUUGAAUUGCUUUCGUAUGCACCAUUUCACAUCUUCAAAUUAACUUGAACCAUAGAAGGGACCUGAAAUGGCUGCAGAAUGAUUGGCAUCGCAUUAAAAAAAAAACGUGUUUUCUCUCAAGAGAGUAAUGAGAGGAAAUACUAUUGUCCUGUGAAACCCAAAUUUAUGAUUCACGAUGCAGUGAGAAUGUGCACGUACAGUGUAGCGCCGAAUGUGUUGGUGCCCUGAUGUUGAUAUCUCACCCUGAGUUUCUUCAGGGGGAUUUUGUGUGAGUCACAGUUCGACUCCACCCCUCCCAAAGAGAGGAACUGAAGGGUUUGGGGUAUGAGUCCAGUUGUUCUAGUUUGCCUUUUUGUCCCCCCCCUAUCCCCCACCCCCAUAAGCAUCCAUUUACAAGUAAUUAUAAUUUCUUUUUUUUUCCGUCUUGCUGGUCACAUAACUCCCAAAUACGUUGCCAUCAUCCUGCCUUUUUUCUUUCAUUCCUGCUUUGUGUCUUGUCUUGAUCAAUAUCUGUAAAUGUCCAGAGGGAGAAAACAUGCCAGGGUUUUUGAGGAGCUAGUGUACUCUUCAUCUCUGUAAGAUACGAUAGCAGGAAAACCAGGACGAGCCUGAUCUGUCUCUGUAUGUCCAUCCAGAGAGAGUUUGUGAUGUAAUUGCUGCUGCAGGAAGCCCCGGGCUGGCCCACCGCACGCAGCUCGUCUCCAGGACUCUACCUUCCUUCACCUCAUUGACUCUCCCUGUCUGUUUCCAUCAUAACAUCUUUUUAAGAUUAAAUCUAAGACGUGUUUUAAGUAAAAAAGUAUUUCCACUCAAAUCUUUUUUUCUUUUUUUUUUUCCUUUCAUUUUUGAUGAAUCAGUCCUCUGGCAGUUUUUUUAAAAAAUCCUUUUUGCGAGCACAUUGAAAACGCCCUGAUGCUGGACUGUGGAGAGGAUACACCGAGGUAGAUUUUUGAGUGGAAAUACAAUUUGAAGUUCUGAGCGCCAUGACAGUGUAACUUUUGAGAAGAUUUUUUUCUUUUCUUUAUUUGCAGAAGCCUCAUUUAAACCAUAUUGUGACUGUAAGUUCGUUUCUAGUGUGCUAUCUCGUCACCAUGCCCUUUUUUCUGUACAUAGUUUUUUCAAUACUUGUAAGUGAAGAAAAGAAAAUGCUUUUUCUUUGUAAUUGUGAGUCAAUGUAACAUUUUUGGUGCAUACUCUUUUGACACCAGUAUGUAAGUACAUACAAAUACAUUUUUUUAAAUAAUGAGA